CGAGAUAUCUCAAAUCAUCUCUGCUUUAGAGUCGGAGAAAUGAAAGGUGCUCUGUUUUGAGUGCUCUCCUGCUCCUCAUGGAGACAUUCCUACAUAAGAUGAUGCUCUGUUUGAGGAAAACGCUGAACUAUGAUGCCCAUAGCAAUCGCUUGUAGUCAGCAAAUUUCUUUCCAUCUCAAUCCUUCUCGUGUACAAAUGCAGGAAGAUAUUAAGUGUGAGGCAGGUUUUACUCCAGACAGUACGCACCAGAGCCUCCAAAGCAUCCACACGAGAGAGAAGCCGCAUCACUGCUCGCAAUGUGGCAAGAGUUUUAAUCGACAGGGCCACCUCCUGACACACCAGCGUGUUCACACGGGAGAGCGGCCGUACCAGUGCUCGCAGUGCGGUAAGAGCUUCACUCAGCUGAGCAAUCUCCACUUACACCAGCGCAUCCACACAGGAGAGAAGCCGUACCACUGCUCCGAGUGUGGGAAGGGUUUUACUCUGCGUGGUCAUCUUCGAACGCACCGCGUCGUGCACACGCGAGAGAGGCCGUAUCAGUGCUCGCAGUGCGGCAGCCGUUUCAGUCAGCCCAGUCACCUUCGACUGCACCAGCGCAUCCACACCGGAGAGAAGCCGUACCUGUGCUCGGAGUGCGGGAAGACUUUCAGUCAGCAGAGUCAUCUCCGAAUACACCAGCGCGUCCACACAGGGGAGAGACCGUAUCGGUGUUCACAUUGUGGGAGGAGUUUCACUCACCAGAGUCAUCUGCAGCGACACCAGCUCAUUCACAGCAGCGUGAAGCCGUAUCACUGCCUGCACUGCGGGAAGAGUUUUACACACGGGAGCACGUUUCAAGCACAUCAGCGCAUCCACACCGGAGAGAAGCCGUAUUACUGCUCAGCGUGUGGACGCAACUUCACUUAUUUAAGUAACUUACAGAGGCACAAGUGCAAGAGUCAGUUAAUGUGAUUCAAUGUGUACACGUCGUUAUUUGCGUUUAUUAUAUAAUAUAACUUUUAGCCUUGAUGUCCUGUUGAAGGAAAAACUGAAUAUGUUCGAUUGUAUUCAUUUUUAUCUUAAAGCUUGUGUUGUACAGGAAUAGUUUCUGUGUAAACUGAAUAAAUUAUAUCAAUCAUGAGUAUGCAAUAGUCUUGGCAUUAAUUUAUUAGUUAUAUAGACAAGCUGCCAGUUGUCGUCCUGUUCGACCGGA